AGCCCGUCACCUAACCGUCGAAGCUCCAACGCUUGUUUUCGUGCUUCAUACCCGACACAGCUGCGCGCUAUAUAGGAUUUUCCUAACCGUACAUCGGACAGGCACUGGCCCUGAGAUCACGAAUCAAGGCAUCAUCGCGUAUAUGCCCUAAUCCUGUCUAGCCACUCCAGACUUAAAAUCAAGAACAUUGCCGCUCUUUCCUGCAGCUUUGCUCCACCCUUUCCCCAUCCCGCCUCUCUUCGUAUCCUUGCACGAUGGCUACGGCGGUGAAGAGCUUCGGAAAGCGCGUCAUCGGCUACCCAGAGGAGCGCGUCUCGGUCAUCUCUUCAAAAGACUGGGUCAACAACCUCUCCAAAGAUCCCAAGCAAGAGACGAUCAACUACUUCAAGCGCUUGUUCCCCAUCCUCGGAUGGAUCACUAGAUACAACCUUGGAUGGUUGACGGGCGACGUCAUUGCCGGCCUUACCGUGGGUAUGGUACUGGUGCCGCAGAGUAUGUCAUAUGCUCAGAUCGCUACACUGGAGCCUCAAUACGGUCUAUAUUCGGCAUUCGUCGGAGUCGCCAUCUACUGCUUGUUCGCUACGUCGAAAGAUGUUUCCAUUGGCCCCGUCGCUGUCAUGUCCUUGACCGUCUCCCAAAUCAUCAGGGAUGUCAAUGCAGCCCAUCCUGGUGUAUGGUCAUCUCCACAGAUUGCGACGACAGUUGCUUUCAUCUGCGGUUUCAUUGUUCUGGGCCUCGGCCUCCUGCGCUUGGGUUGGAUAGUCGAGUUCAUUCCUGCGCCCGCCGUUAGCGGUUUCAUGACUGGCUCUGCGAUCAGCAUCGCUGCUGGUCAAGUGCCGGGCUUGAUGGGUAUCACCGGAUUCGACACUCGGGCCGCAACAUACAAGGUUAUCAUCAAUACCCUGAAGGGACUGCCUGGAACAACUAAGGAUGCAGCAUUCGGCCUCCCUGCUCUUUUCGCACUAUACGCCAUCCGUAUGCUCUGUGACUACUUUUCGAGACGAUACCCCAGAAGAGCUCGUGUAUUCUUCUUCAUAUCCGUGCUCAGAAACGCUUUCGUGAUCGUCGUCCUUACCAUCGCGGCGUGGUUAUACGUUCGCCACCGCAAGAAUGCGAAAGGCAAAUACCCCAUCAAAAUCAUACAGACCGUUCCCCGAGGCUUCCAGCAUGUCGGCCAGCCCGUGAUCGAGCGCGCACUGCUCAGUGCUCUCGCGGGAAAGCUCCCAGUAGCAACCAUCAUUCUUUUACUGGAGCACAUCGCUAUCUCCAAAUCAUUUGGGAGACUGAAUGGAUACAAGAUUGACCCGAACCAAGAGCUCAUCGCUAUCGGCGUUACUAAUACGAUAGGCUCAUGUUUCAAUGCAUACCCCGCUACUGGGUCGUUCUCUCGUUCUGCCCUCAAGUCCAAGUCUGGCGUGCGGACCCCUGCCGCGGGCAUCAUCAGCGCUAUCGUUGUGGUCGUCGCGCUUUACGGCCUUACAUCAGCCUUUUACUGGAUCCCGAACGCGGCUCUGAGUGCUGUCAUCAUUCAUGCCGUCGCUGACCUCGUCGCGAAGCCCACUCAGGUCUUCUCUUUCUGGCGUGUCUCGCCUCUCGAGUUCGUCAUCUGGGCUGCCGCUGUCCUCAUCACGGUUUUCUCCUCCAUCGAAAACGGCAUCUAUACAUCCAUCUGUGCCUCUCUCGCCCUAUUGCUUGUCCGCAUCGCUCACCCGCGUGGAUAUUUCCUCGGGAGGGUCACAGUCCAAGCCGAGAAAUCCAAAGAAUCUCGCGACAUAUUCGUUCCUCUCAAGACCAACGGAAUCAUUAACUCUCAAGUCAAAGUCGACCCUCCCCUUCCCGGCGUCAUUGUCUAUCGCUUCGAGGAGAGCUUCCUCUACCCGAAUUGCUCUAUUGCAAACUCGGCCCUGGUGGACUACGUCAAGGAGCACACCAAGAGAGGCAUAGAUAUGAGCACCAUCAAGCUACAUGACCGUCCAUGGAACGAUCCAGGCCCUGCGCGAGGCGCUGUUGCAGAGCAAGAGGAAAACAACGCCAAACCAUUACUCCGCGCCAUUGUACUCGAUUUCUCCACUGUUUCGCAAGUCGACACUACAUCCAUUCAGACACUAAUUGAUACCCGAAACGAAGUGGAGCGGUGGACAGACCGCCCCGUCGAAUUUCACUUUGCGACCAUCCUCUCGCCUUGGAUCCGCCGCGCACUCGUCGCGGGCGGGUUCGGCACCGGUCUGCCUGCAUCUUCCGGACCGCGCGAGAUCGCGCCCGUCGUGCCUUACCGUGGCGGCUACGACGAGCCGCACACAUCCCAGCACUCGCCCACCGACGUCGAGACACUGGACAUCAAAAAUGCUCCCCAGUCUCCAUCAGCCAUCGGGUACGGCUCUUCGUCAGAAGAGAGCGAGGGCCUGGUCGCAGACGAUACGCCGUUCUUCCAUCUUGAUCUUGUCGCUGCUGUGCGCGCGGCAGAGCAGGGCCUCACAGCGCCGUCGCACUCGACGCGCUCGUCACAGGAUUUGAAGCCCUGAUCAGACGGCCUGAUGCAGUCGGCCCGGGGUGUUGCUGUUGCUCUGCUCGUCGGGAUAUAUCUAUGCCAGGAUAUCGCUUAUCAUCUAUUCUACGCGGGUGGAGCUCGUAUGCUGUGGUUGUUGUCGUGCUUUGGACUCGAGACUCAAUUUUUGCUGUAUUCGUAAACUGUAUUUGGCUAUUGUGACGACUAGGAUCUUGCAUGCAUAGGGGAUUUGGUGAUUAAUUGCAAUGCUGUAGCGAUGUGGUCUUUUUCUUUUUAUUUAGUAUCUGCUGGUAUCUGUGCCAAUCAUGACCCGUGCGAAGUCGAGUCGUG